GUGGAACAACGCAACUGCAGAUCACCAGCAAAUAGUGCAAACUACCAUCUUCCCAAAGCGGUGCCCAGGACUGAGGUGUGGGCCAGCACAGCCUGUGUGAGCAGCAUACAGAAAUGUAUGUUUGCAUGCUUCAGAAAGAAGAUGGAUCAGAGAUGCAUGGACUUUACCCACCUAUCUUCUAUCCCAAGAGCAGAGAAAAACGGCACACUUUAACUGUCUUGGGUUCUGCACUGGCAACCCUGGGACACAGCACGGAGGUUUGUUUCCCACAGUCACGCAGGCAGGCCUGCCUGUGCUUACCCCAUCCACCUACAGAUGUGCACUGUGCGUUUGACCCCAGAGAUGCUGCGAGGAGGCUGCGAGCACCGCGGCUGCUGUCCCUAGCACGGCACCUCCCCAGCGCUGCCCUGCGUCCCCUGGGGGUGCCACCGGGGCUGCGCGCACCCCCUGCGAGGAUGUCUCAUAUAAGUGAGAUGUGGUGUUAUCACUGGAAAUGGAAGCUGCAGCACUGUGUCUACUUGUUUACCGUGUAUAUUAUAUGCAUGCAGCAAACAGCUCAUGGAUGCUACAACUGUAGGACUGUAUUAACUGACCCGUCUGGAGUUUUCACUUCUCCAUGCUUCCCCAGUGAUUAUCCCAACAGCCAAGCAUGCAAAUGGAUCAUCCGAGCACCUCAUGGAUUCAUCAUACAGCUAACAUUUAUUGAUUUUGACAUUGAAGAAGCUCCAGGCUGCAUUUAUGAUUCACUGACAUUGGACAAUGGAGAGAUCCCAAUGAACCUCUGUGGAAUCACCGCCAAGGGAUUAUCAUAUAAUUCUACUGGAAAUGAAAUGAUUGUGUCCUUUAAAAGUGACUUUAGUAUCCAAAAGAAAGGUUUUAAUGCCAGCUAUGUACGAAUCGCCGUGUCUCUGAGGAAUCAGAAGGUCAUCAUUCCCCAGGAUCCCGAUGUUGAUGCCGUGUCCAUGGCAGAGACAGUCUUGGUUCCAGAGCUUAGCCAGUUUACACUGUGCUUUGAAGCAACCAAGAGCAGCAGUGAUGACAAUGACGACUGGAAGAUCUUCUCCUACACUGAUUUGUCAUCGAAAGAGUUCUUCGGCUUUGGAAAGACCACAAAAGGCCAUUUUCUGUCUAUCUCAGGGACCCAGUGCUUUCUUGAUAAUGCAUUGCCUCGAAAUGCAGAGUUUUUCACAGGAACCUUUGAACAGCUCUGUGUAGUAGGGGAUAGCUUCUCGGGUGCAAUAGGUGUAUAUGCCAAGAGUACCUAUCAUAAUGUAUACUGUCCGGCUAUGUUUGGCAAAGUUAUCCCUGGAAACGGUAGGCUGGUGCUGGGCUCUAACAGCAAUGAAGUGAGCUCUCUAAAUGGAGACAUUUACAACUUCCGCCUCUGGAAUUUCACCAUGAAUGCUCAAACACUGGCCAACCUCAGCUGCGAUGUGAAAGGAAACAUUGUAGACUGGGAAAAUGAAUUCUGGAGUAUUCCAACUUCAGCACUGAAAGCAGAAAACAAUUUGAGUUGUGGCUCAUACCUAAUUCCUUCUUCUACAAUUGAACCAACAAGUUGUGCAAACCUAGGAAGCCUUUGUCAAGCUACUGUAAAUGCUACUACUCCUACACCACCCACUGUCACCACUAACAUGCCUGAUACUAAUAGAACCGAUAAGCCAAACAAUGGUGGAUUAUUCUACAGGAUAUCUAUAACUGUCUUUUGUUUGAACUCCAACUCGGAAUCAAAAGUGCAUGAUAUGGUUGCAACAUGGCUAAACCAAACUUUCCAGAACUGGAAUUACACUGUGUAUGUGGUCAAUAUCAGCAUCCAACCUGGCUCCGUAAAAGAGGGAGUAAGAGAAAAAAGAAGCAUCGGUAACAAAAGUUUUGAGGUUUUGGCUCUUCUGGUUUAUAAUUCUACCAACAACAUUAACUUAGAAGAAGAAGAGAUCCGACAGAAGCUCAUAAGUAAUAAUAAUUCCAUACCAGGGGAAUAUAAACUUCAGACCGUGGAAGUUGAUCCAGUGGAAAAAUGUUUAGCUGAAGAAAACCCUCCAAACUAUUUUUGGCCAGAUACUAGACCAACUGUGACUAACUUUACAUUUUGCCAUGGGAGCUCAGUUCAGAUUGCAUCAAGAACCUGCUAUUUGGGUCUGCAGAAUUAUACAUCAUACUGGGGCCAACCAGAUCUUAGAAAUUGCACAGAAAAUGCAGCUGAUAUUGCCAAUCAGCUUCUGAAUCUCACUGGUGAAGGGCAGCAGUUAACCUCAGACAAAGUAAAUGAUGUUGUCCAGAAGCUCAAAAAAAUUGUGAAUGAUGAAGAAAUUGAUGAAUCUCUGGGUUCUACUGUGGUGACAAUUUUUUCCAAUAUUCUAAAUAGUUCAGACAGUGUAUUGGCAGCAUCAUCAUCAGAAGCUCUAAAAACUAUUGAUGCCUUAGCUUUAAAAAUUCAGUUCACCGGACCAUCCAUGAGUAUUUCAACACGAAACCUCGCACUUGGAGUGUCUGCUAUAAACUCAACUUCAUUCAAAGGUUCUACUUUCAGUGUCAGUUCACAGAAUAAUGCAUCUGAUUUCCAGAUAGACUUUGACAAGGACCAGACAAAUGCCUUUGCUUCUGUUGUUCUGCCACCAAGUUUAUUGAAGAAUUUAAGUCAAGAUGACUUUGAAAUUAUAUCGAGGGCUCAAUUUACUUUCUUCAAUAAGAAUGGCCUUUUUCAGGAUGCAGAAACUCCUGCCAACUUGACCAGUUUUGUUGUGGCAUGCAGUAUUGGAAACAUAACUAUUCGGGAUCUUCAGGAUUAUGUGAAGAUUACGAUUAAGCAUACCAAAACUCAAGAAGAUCCUAAGCCUACCUGUGUCUUCUGGGAUAUGAAUAAAAAUGGUGGCAAUGGUGGCUGGAACCCUACGGGUUGCAAAGUGGAAGCAGAAUCCAAUGAAAAUGAGACAGUUUGCUUGUGUAACCACCUCACACACUUUGGGGUCCUAAUGGACCUUCAGCGAACCACUACAGAAACAGACCCACGGAAUAACAAGAUCCUCACUUUCAUCACUUACAUAGGCUGUGGGAUAUCUGCUAUAUUUUCAGCUGCAACUCUUCUGACAUAUAUUGCAUUUGAGAAGCUGCGAAGAGAUUAUCCCUCCAAAAUUCUGAUGAAUUUGAGCACAGCUCUGCUCUUUCUCAACUUGAUCUUCUUGCUUGAUGGUUGGAUUGCAUCGUUCGACAUAGAUGGCCUCUGCAUAGCUGUUGCUGUACUUUUGCACUUUUUUCUUCUGGCCACCUUUACAUGGAUGGGACUAGAAGCGGUUCAUAUGUACAUUGCUCUAGUUAAAGUGUUUAACACCUAUAUACGGCGUUAUAUACUGAAGUUUUGCAUCAUUGGCUGGGGUUUGCCAGCUCUAGUGAUAGCAAUUAUUUUAUCAAGCACAAAUACUAAUGCAAGUCAGAUUUAUGGCAAACAAUUGUAUGGCAAAGAUGCUAGCGGGCAACUAGGAGACAACUUCUGCUGGAUCAAGAAUGAAGUUGUCUUUUAUGUGACUUGUGCUGGAUACUUUGGAAUCAUGUUUCUCUUAAAUGUUGCCAUGUUUGUGGUGGUGAUGGUGCAAAUCUGUGGGAGGAAUGGGAAAAGAACUAAUAGGACUCUAAAGGAAGAGAUCCUGAGGAACCUCCGUAGCGUGGUCAGCCUGACUUUCCUCUUGGGCAUGACAUGGGGCUUUGCUUUUUUUGCCUGGGGUCCCUUAACUUUGCCCUUCCAGUACCUCUUCUCAAUUUUCAACUCAUUGCAAGGUUUAUUUAUAUUUGUAUUCCAUUGUGCCAUGAAAGAAAAUGUGCAGAAACAAUGGAGGAGACAUCUCUGUUGUGGCAGAUUUCGACUGGCAGACAAUUCAGAUUGGAGCAAGACAGCAACCAAUAUUAUAAAGAAGAGUUCUGAUAAUCUUGGGAAAUCCCUAUCCUCUAGUUCCAUUGGCUCCAAUUCAACCUACUUAACAUCCAAAUCAAAAUCUACAACAAACACUUAUUGCAAACGAAGCAGCCAUACAGAGAAUAUUUUUAUUGACAAACCAUCUUCAAAAUUUGCCCAAGAGGAUGGAGAACAGACAUCCAUCAUCCCAGUCCAUCAAGUUAUCGACAAGGUCAAGGGAUACUGCAAUCCUCACUCUGACAACUUCUAUAAAAAUAUCAUCAUGUCUGACACAUUUAGUCAUAGCACAAAGUUUUAGCUGGACUUCUGAAUUUUUUGAACUAAAUGAAGCCAAAAAUCUGUCUGGAAUUGAGAAUACUGGAUGUUUUACAAUGUGACCUGCCUAGUAUUUUUUCUCAGUUUAUAAUGUUAUCCCAUUAACAGCUUCCAUUUGUGGAACAAUUUUUCUACCUUUUUACUGUUGUAGAAAAAGACAAUUUUCCACCAAUAUACAGAGCUGUUUUAAAAUAUAUGCCAGCCAACAUGAUACCUGGACAGCUAAUUGUAAUCCUGUGUAAAUAUUUUUUUAAGGCAGAAGAAGAGCCACAAGUAUAACUCUAAAUUAUAUAGUCUGAACAGAAGCAAGUCUUGACUCCUGGAGAAAAUAGCAAACGUCAUGCAGCACAGAUAAGGCCUUACCAAACAGUCUACUGGUGUUCUAUUUCUUUUGAAGAAUAUGGAUUUUCCCUAUAAUACCUGUUAGAUUCUUGCUUCUUGACUGUCCAAUGCCGCCUGGUUUUUGUUGGUGGUGGUGGUGGUGGUUUGUUUUUGUAAAUGAAUAAAGCCCUAACACCAGUGUUAAAUGGUUUUUUUAAACCAUUUUUGACUGAAUAGACCUAAUCAUGCAAAUCUUGCUUACCAAAACUGUAUGUGCUGUAAAUUUAGGCUAUUUUGUAACAAAGUACAUAGAAACGUUUUUAUUACCUAGACUUAGAAGGACCUGCAGGUUGCUAGUAACUCUUUUGCAAAUUUUAAGCCUGUUGAUAUGUAUGGAAACAUACAGUGUUGGGUAUCAUUUGCACUGGUGCAGAACAAGUACAUAGGUAAAUCCAAAGUUUACACAAAGUUACGUUUCAAAGUUUAUUGAACAGUAUGUAUGAAAAGAGGCAUCUCCCAUUGCAACACUUGUUUUAGAAUGUCUGCACCAGUGCGUGCAGUCAUGUUUAAUGUUAUUUUUUGCUAAACAAACAAAAGACAUUCAACUAUAUAUAGAUAUAUAGAUAUAUACCUAGAUCUCUCUCCACACAUACUUUUAUAAUAAUGCACACAAUCAAUAUUACAGAGGAAAUACCGUCUACUACAGACAAUCUAAGAACGAUGAAUGGUGCUAAAACUCAAAUACAAGAUUAAUAUUUUGUAAGCCCACAUAUUCAUUCAUCAGUUUCUGUAUUUCAGAUAUGGUGUAUGUAUAGACACCUCCAACGUUAGCAUAACCCGGACUACGUUUACCAAUAAUAAAUAAAUAACAUCUUUCUGGGCACAUAACAUUAUCAGUAUCAGUUUCCUUCUGCCCCCCAUUGGUUGACUUGACUGAGGUUGUUGGAGGCACAUAGUUUAAACAGUGUUCAGGCAACAUGAAGGAAUUUCACAUAGCUAUACUGUGUGCAUCCCUACACUGAGUUCUGUGUGUACAUACAACAGACAAGAGCAUACAAUGCUUACUUGUUUUAAGCUCUAUAAAUCUGUGAUAUGUUAGCUUGUGACCAUGUCUGCCAAAAGUACGUGAAGAUCCUUGCCAGCGCUUAUAAAAACUUUUACUGCACAUGUCUAUGAAAGCAUGGGCCAAAACAUCAAUGCUGUUAUCAAAUAAUGUUUUCAGAGGAGAAUGUCUCCUAAAGGAUUUUUUUUUUUGAAAGAAAAAGACUUUUUUUUUACCAAGUACUUUUAGCCAAAUACUUAAUUAGCUAUAUUCAGAAGGUGAUCAGAAAGUUAUGCUGUGAGAUUUUCAGUUGCCAAGCAGGUGGAUGCUCAAUGAUUAGGGAUGUGGAUUUGUGCCUCUCUCUGCUCUUUGCACACACUUUUGUGUGCAGAGAUCAUUUAAUGCUGUGACCGCACAAAUGGAGUAUAUUCCCUGGCUGCAAACACCUCGCAGGAGGAGUAUUUCCUAACUGUAUUCUGUCCAGAAACACUGUUGUUUUUACAUGUACCUUAAUGAAACCUCACUCUCCUAACUGCAAGUACUUACAUGGUGGUAUGAAUGAAAGUCAACCUUUUUCACUUAAAAUGUAAUUAUUAAUAGUGAUGAAUGUUGUCUGAUAUCUUUACAGAGGGAAAUAAUGUAGGGAGAGAUUAUGUACAAGCAUUUAUUGGAUUUAUAUAUCAUUCCACUUGCUUAACUACUGUAGAUAAUAGUGUUGACAUAGCAGCUUACUGUGAGAUUUCUACCUGAUUAAGGUGUUCAGAAGUGAAGAGAAGGAAAACCAAACAUUCCUGAAAAAAUGAGGAAUAAUAAAACAUAAUAGAUUAGUAAAAUAUAAAUAAAUAAGUAAAUAAAUAAAAACACAGUAUCCUGACUGAAGCAGAGCUGUAACCUGUCAGUUUAAUGUACAGAUACCUAUAUUGUUGCUGAAUUAAGAUUUUUCUCUUUUUUUUUUACUACCAUGUAGUAAUCUUAAACUGUCUGUGUCAGUUAAAUGCUCUUGAAUACUCUCAGUUCUACAAUGUAAAGCUUCUACUUUGUAGUUGACAUGCUGUAACCUCUCUUGUAUAUACUUAUUUAUUUAUGAGGUUAAAUAUGUCAAAUAUAUUUAGCUCUAUAAUGAUUGUUCUUGUUGCUUUAAAGGUAAGCUUCUGUUUCAUCAUAAAAGAAGAGGGAAUUCUUUUUUUUUUCUUUUUCCAAACACCUUGUGAAACAAUUUACUGUAGUUCUGUAUGAGCAAACAUGUCAACUUAAUUUGUAAUACUAGUCAGUGGAAUAUAGUGUAACUGUUUUGAAGAGGGACUAAAAUGGAAAGAAACAUUUUCAAGUAAACUUUCUUGAUGUUAGUGUUCCAAACAAUUAAAGUCUUUUAAUAGUGAAUCGUUGUUUUUUCUUUUUCUUUUUCUUUUUUAGUGUUUAAUGGCAAAAAUUACUCUGUGGAAUUCUGGAAAAUAAUCUUCUGUUUGUUAAGUAUGUGAGGCAGGUACAUGCCUAGCCAAAAUGUUGGAAAUAAAUGUGCAAGACUAACUUCAUUUUAUCAGAGGAAUUCAUUUUGCAGAAUAUACUUUUCCUUUUUGUGAUUAAAUUGAUGCGAGAGCCAGUGAAUAAUCAGAAAGUUAUGCAAGUUAAUUUAUUUAUGGUGAAAGUUAUGUCAUAGCAAGAAAGGAAAAUCAAGGCAACAGACAAUAUGCUGGGUUAAUAUUUUAGAAGUAAUACAAAUUAAUAAUUGAAAACUCAGGAGUUAUUUCUAUUCAUAUGUUUCUUUCCAGCUGAAUUUAGUCCUUCAUUACCAAUAACUGAUUUAACUUGUAAUCAUACUUUGACUGAUCACUGUUAUAAUAUUGUAGUCAGCCAAUCAAUUAAAUAUUCACACCAAUAUAUAAACAUUAAAUGUAACACA